AAAAUACACAAAGCAAACCAAAAGUUCCCACUUUUUUCUUAAACCCUCUCCAUCAACAAAACCCUAUAGCUAAAACUAAAACUGUAUCAGAAAAUCGGCAAUGGAAUUCACUCAAGAAGACGCCGAUUGCAUGAUUAACGCAGAGUACGGUCGAAGUAUGGCUGAAACUGCUUACGCCAUUAAUCCUCUCGACGUGGAUAAUCUGAUUAAGUGGGGUGGAGCUUUGAUAGAAUUGUCGCAAUUUCAGCCUCUUAACGAUGCACAAAAGAUGUUAAACGAGGCUGUCUCAAAAUUUGAAGAGGCUUUGGCUAUAAAUCCUAGAAACGCUGAGACAUUAUGGUGCUUUGGGAGCGCAAACGCCUCUUUUGGAUUUUUAACUGACGACAUUGUUAAAGCAAAGCCUUAUUUUGAUAAGGCAACUGAAUAUUUUCAGCAAGCUGUAGAUGAGGACCCGAACAACGAGCUCUACCGCAAAUCCUUGGAUGCCAGCUUAAGGGCGCCAAAGCUCCACGAUAUGAUACAUAAUCCGAGCCAAGAAACAUAUAAGCAAGGAUAUAUGGGUGGAACAGGGGAUGCUGGAGACCCUCGUGCUCAGCAAGGAGAUAUGGGUGGAACAGGAGGUGCUGGAGACCCUCCUGCACAGCAAGGAGAUAUGGGUGGAGCAGGAGGCGCUGGAGACGCUCUUGCACCUUCAAAGACAGAGGUUUCCAUGAAGAAUAAGAUGAAAAGUACAUUUGGAUCUCCUAUUUUUUUAUGCACAGUCCUUGCAGUUGGAGUUGUUGCUUGUGUGAGAUUUGCGAGACCCAACGUUACUUCUGCUAAUUGAUAAGCCCUAAAGUAAAUAAGUCAUUGCUUUCCUGGACCUUCACAUAUAGAUAGAUUAUUUUUAUUCCAAACAGGAAGAUAUGUAGUCCAUUGACUUAUCAUGUGGUAUUCAAUCCACAUUGUUUUUUGAAUUUUUUUGUUCAUAAUUUCUAUGUUAGCUAUAAAUUAUUCUUGGGAAAAUUUGAUGUAUUAGCAUAUGUUGCAAUCCUUUAUGGCCUCCUUUGUUAUUUUUUCAUUUGUUCUGCUAGGUAUUUAAUCAAACAGUGCUUCCCUAUGAAAAAAUUAUGGGAAAGCAUUGAUUUGAUUUUGGUUGGCUGGAGAUGGCCAUGUAACCUGUAUCUGUUUUUUUGUUUACCAUUUGAUUGUUAGAUUGAUGAGUGGAAUUAUCGGAAUUAGCGUUUACUUGGCUCAUUUUCUACUAUGUCGUAUGGUUACUUCUUAAACGGUGAGGUCUUUUCUAUAUACCGGAGCCCCUCCUUUAUUUAAUCACUUGGCUAGGGUUACAUUUUGUACAGCUCUUUCCAUAAGAGAGAGAGAGAGAAAGAGAGAUGGAAUCCUCUUUUGUUACUCUCGAGUUCUCUCAUUUAGUAUGGGAGCUAUACACGGAAUUAAUCUAAACAUUGAAAGCACAAAACAGAUAUUAUACUGUAAUUUGAUAUUUUCUGCAGGAUUAUUUACUGAUUACCAUGGGAAUGUAGGUAUCUAAUUUUCUUAAGGUGUUCUAUUGCUGCUCUAUUAAUGUAGUGCCUUCUGCUGCUACAUAUCUUGCACAUGUAAAUUAAUGUUUGAUUUGCCUGUUAGAAGAUCACCUCAGACAAACAAUCUUUAAUGUUCUCUAAGAUCCCUAUUUGUUAUCAUGUGCCUUUAGCAGAUAAGAUCCUGAAUCUAUUUUUAACUUGUCUUUUACGGCAUACAUUUCUUGGUUACAUUUGUGUUUCUGUGCUUCUUGAGUAUUGCCGCAUGAGUACUGGCAGUCCAUUAUGGGAAUCCUUUCUCAUAAACCACUAAAUAAAUCUUCUAAGCUAAAGCCCUAUUUCCUGGAAUCAACAUGUUGAAUGAAUCUGUUUUUACCAAAAGAUCCUAGCUGCACAGUAGUCAACAUUUGACAUCUUGUCAAUCCCAUGCUUAUUUAUGUUUCUAUAUGAGCUUCUUUUAUAUUUUAUUUUAUUUUUUUGAGCCGUUGUUUCAUCUCACGUAUUUGCUCAGGGUGACAGAGGAUAGUUGGUAGCUUUCUUAGUAAUCAUUAAAAUAUCCAGUUAUUUUGAAAUUCUUCACCAAAAGUGGAAAUUCCAACUUUUAACAAUAAGGUGUCUGUAAAUUUGAAGCUCGGUUCAGAUCCAUAUCUGCUGUUAAUGACACUCAUUAGAGAUUCCAGUGGAUUCCAGUUUUAGCAGUGGAGGUCAAAUUCAAGGAUGUUAUCUUUUUCUACCUCAGGUCCACCACUUUCUCUUAUUGGAAUGGAGUGCUGGAUAAAGCUGACAAAUCCACACGCGACGUCUUUCUACUAGAGGAAACAAAUCUUUGCAAAGUAAAUCUUAGGGAUGUUUCAAGACUCCAGAGAUUCAACCAGCUGCAAAAGCGACUCGCCUUUAUGCAGUUGGUAAUUCCAUCCUGUUUCGUUGAUUUUCGUUGGUCGAUUUUCUAUAUAUAUUGUCUGUCAUAUUGUUGUUUUUGUUUCAGUGCCAAUUAGAAUCUCUAUAUUUUCCCAUCCAGCAGCUUCUGCAAAAGCAGUAAACUACCUAGUGGGGUUGUUUCUAUAUUUGAUCAAGGUACACUUUUAAUAAAGUUGAUUUAUUUUAUA